AUGUUGCACCUCCCAAACAAGCAGGGCGUAAAUUGCCCAACCUUCAAUCCUCCGACAGCGCUCCUCCAAAGCCAGAGUCUCACAGUCAUCGAGCUCUAUGAGUGGACGGCGGAGCAUAAUCCCGAACACCCCAUGUUCACCUAUUAUGAUGGGGAGCGGCGCACGACCUUAUGUGGCCCCGACGUUGUGCGGGCGAUGAAGCGAGCAGCCAACAAGAUCGUUCGUCUCGUCGAUAGAGAAGUCAACAGUGUUGGCGGCGCACCACCUGUCAUCGCGGUUCUCUCCAUCAGUGACACUAUCUCGCAAUACUGUUUCAUUGGCGGGAUGGUGUAUGCGGGCUACACCGUCUUCCCGAUCUCGCCCCGAAACAGUCCCGCUGCUGUAGCGCACCUCCUGUCCAAGUCGAAUGCAUGUUGCGUAUUCGUCAGCACUGAACCGGCCAUCCAGAACCUCGCCAAAGCAGCUAUUCAAGACCCCAACUACGAAGAGAAGGCAUUUGGGAAGCCGCCUAUUCACCCAAUUCCUCAGUUUUCAGACCUUUUCCCGCCUGAUCAUGCGAGUGAGGUUGUCAAGUUCGAAUAUCCAAGACAGUAUGGUAUGGAUACCCCUGCAAUCAUCGUCCACUCCUCUGGGUCGACGGCAUUUCCGAAAACGAUUACAUGGACGCACAGGCACAUGCUCGAGGGCGCCCUCAUUCCAUGGUAUGGCGAGGUUGAUCUUGCUGGAGUGGUGAUGGGUUUCCAUUCGCUGCCCCUGUUCCAUGGCCUUGGAUUACUCCACAUAUGCUUUCUUCCCUCGUGUGGCAUCAUACUGGCAACAUUUCCGCCCGCGAACCCCGCCACUAUGCCAACGCCGCAAAAUGUUUUUGAUGGGGUCCAAGGUACUCAGAGCGAACUCGUAUGUUGUGUACCGGCAUUUAUAGAGGCCUGGUCUCAUGAUCCGAGCAAGGUGACUUAUAUGAAGGGGAUGAAGGGCAUUAUCUAUGGUGGUGGCCCACUCUCUAGGGAGGUUGGCGAUAGACUAUCUGCAGAAGGCAUAACUAUCCUACCACAAUUCGGCAUUUCUGAACUAGGUGUCCUGAACACGUAUCUUCCAAAGCCUGGCGGAGCAGACUGGGAGUAUUUCACCUUCUCUGGAAUUUGCAAAUCUGAGUUCAUAUCCCACGGCGAUGGAACGUUCGAAGUUGUCGUCGUCUCUCAUGAUCUACUUCACCCAAGAAUCAUUAAUACAAAAGUUGGGGACACCGAUGCAUACGCCACGAAUGACUUGAUACAGCCGCACCCGACGAAAGAGGGAUAUUGGAGGGUAUAUGGAAGGACGGAUGACCAGAUCAUGCUGGCGAAUGGUGAAAAGACCAAUCCUGGUCCAAUAGAGGAUGCGCUUUGUAGGGAUCCUCAUGUCAAGGGCGCAGUGAUGUUUGGGCGCGGAAAGUUGCAUAACGGCGUAAUCAUUGACCCCAAGCCUGAAUAUGCGUUUGACCCAAGUGACAUCCCUCGCUUAGAGCAGUUUAGGAAUGACGUCUGGCCCACCAUCGAAAAGCUGAACCUGGCCGCUCCGCAACACUCACGGCUUUUCAAGGAGAUGAUUCUUGUAGUCUCACCAUCCAAGCCAUUUCAAUAUACUGGGAAGGGAACUCCACGAAGGCCUGCCAUCUUGUCUGACUACGAGGCGGAAAUACAGUCACUGUAUGAUUCUGUUGACGAGACCAUGCAGAGCAAGAUUCCUGUUCCAAGUAGCUGGGAUUUGUCGCAUAUUACAGAGUUCGUCGAGAAGACAGUAAUCAGUGUCAUGAAAAGUCCGGUAGCAGCUGAUGACGACCUAUUCCAGCAUGGCUGCGACAGAUGUGAUCCUGAUAACGAUAUAAGUUUGCAAGCGACGUGGAUUCGCAACACCAUUCUGCGAGCAUUACGCCAACACGACCCAGUCGCCCCAAACCGACUAUCGCCCACAUUCGUAUUUGAAGAGCCCAGCGUCGCGAAGCUAUCCAAGCUCAUUUGGGAUGUCGUGCAUAGCCCCGAUCGUCCAAAGGAGACUGAUCAUAUUAAAGAAAUGCAACGCCUAGUAGAUGAGUACACUCGUGGGUACCCUACGAGACCGUUGUUACUGCACCCCCCUUCUCAAGGUGCAGUCGUGCUCAUCACCGGGACCACUGGCGGCCUCGGCAGUGACACUCUUGCUCACUUGCUCGAGGACAAGAAUGUUGAGCGUGUAUAUGCGUUCAACAGACAAUCUCGCGGCGCGGCUAGUAAGCAGCGGGAAGCCUUUCUUCAGCGGGGUCAUGACAUGCAACUCCUACAAAGUCGCAAGUAUGUGCCCAUCGAGGGCGAUACUAGUAUUUCCGGAUUUGGAAUCGAUCCGCAAAGGCUGGAUGAGAUUCGUAAUACGACGACCAACAUUAUACACAAUGCUUGGAGAGUCGACUUUAAUUUGUCGCUGUCAUCGUUUGAGAGUAAUAUCAAAUCACUACGUCACCUUGUCGAUCUUGCUUUGACAUCUCCGCUCACAACGCCUCCUCGGCUGCUCUUCGUCAGCUCUGUGGGCGUACUAUACAAUGCUUCUAUUCAUGGUGAGGCUCCGGAGGUCCCGAACGACGAUCCCUCCACUGCCGUCGGUACCGGAUAUACUGAAUCUAAAUGGGUCGCCGAGCGCAUAUUGCAGGUUUUAUCCAACAAAACAGAGCUGAAGCCUGUUGUCGUACGCGUAGGACAAGUCUCCGGAGAUCGAUAUGGUCACUGGAACGAGCGUGAAUGGUUCCCCUCCCUGGUCAAGUCGGCGACAUUCCAGCGCUGUCUGCCUCGCCUCGACGGAACCGUAUCCUGGAUCCCGGCGUAUGACGCAGCAAAGGCGUUGGUACAGAUGCGCGAUUCACCCCACCCUGUUCUGCACCUCGCCCAUCCUCAUCCAGUGACCUGGAACAGCCUGAUUGCUCCGAUAGCCGACACUCUCGGGGUCCCACUGGUGUCGUACGGCGAGUGGCUGGCUGCUUUGGGCAAUAGCUUCACCCCAGGGACCAGUUCAGAAGUGGAGAUGCUGAGGAAGAACCCAGCGCUACGUCUGUUGACGUUCUUCCGUGGUUGCAAAGUCGACGGCGGGAAGGAGCCGUUGGGAGCGACGAGACUCGCGACGACGAAAGCCGUUCAAGUCGCUCCUGCUUUAUUGGUACCGGAGACUGACGUACAGACAGUGCAAACUUGGAUAGCUGCCUGGCGUAAAUCGGGAUUCCUGCCUCUUGACGCCAAAGCUUGA